UUGGAACAAAGACAAUCGGCUUUUUCUCUUUUUUUUUUUCUCUCUUUCCAUUGAAUUCUGAGUAGAUUCCCAAUUAUGGUUGUGUUUUUUAGUUUAAACAAGUAUGGAUUUGGUUAUGUGAAUUUUGAAAGGUUGUACUUGAUAGAAAUUUGAGGGGAGUGGCAUGCUGUCAUCCUUCAACUUGACACAAAUUAAGAAGAGAAGCGAAGAUCAUUCGCUAAUUCUUUCAGAACUAUCCAUCUGAUCUGAUUAUCCAUGGCAGACACGCCCCAGAAGAUCAUCAUCGACACCGACCCUGGCAUCGAUGAUGCUAUGGCAAUUUUUCUGGCUUUACAAUCGCCAGAAGUAGAGGUGCUUGGAUUAACGACUAUUUUUGGUAAUGUUUAUACUACUCUUUCCACAAGAAAUGCCUUGCAUUUGUUGGAGAUUGCUGGUAGGACUGACAUCCCAGUAGCUGAAGGAUCGCAUGUCACGAUAACUAAUGGAACAAAACUUCGCGUUGCUGAUUUUGUCCAUGGGAUCGAUGGACUUGGCAACCAAAAUUUUCCACCUCCAAAAGGGAAGCCAAUUGAGCAGGCAGCAGCUGCAUUUCUUGUUGAACAGGCAAAUCUUUACCCUGGAAAGGUCACAGUGGUGGCGCUAGGACCACUUACAAAUAUUGCAUUGGCUUUGAAACUAGAUCCUGCAUUUCAAAAGAAAGUCGGGAAGAUUAUUAUCCUUGGUGGUGCAUUUUUCGUAAAUGGAAAUGUAAAUGCUGCUGCAGAAGCCAAUAUAUUUGGGGAUCCAGAAGCUGCAGAUAUGGUAUUCACAAGUGGCGCAAACGUGGUAGUAGUGGGGAUAAAUGUCACACAUCAAGUUGUCUUGACUGAGGACGAUCGUGACAAGUUGGCAAGAUCGGAUGGGAAAUUUGCCAAGUAUCUCUGCAAAAUUUUAGACGUUUAUUUCUCUUACCACAGGGAUGCGUAUGAGACAAAAGGAGUUUAUCUCCAUGACCCGGCCACCGUACUUGCAGCCGUGGACUCCUCACUUUUCACAUACACAGAGGGCGUAGUUCGAGUUCAGACGACAGGCAUCACAAGAGGACUCACAAUUUUGUAUAACAAUCAGAAAAGGUUUGGUGAAGUGAGUGAAUGGUGCGAUAAACCCACUGUGAAGGUAGCAGUCACAGUCGAUGCCCCGGCCAUUUUGAAAUUGGUAAUGGACCGACUUAUGGACUCGUAGAGUAUGUAAGAGUUCGAAUAAGAGAUUCCAUAUCCAGAAAUAAUGUUGUGUAUUUUAUGACUCAAGCUUAGACAAGUUCUGGUUUCAUGGUCCAUUGAACAAUUAUAGCUGUCUCGCAGUUGCAGUACAACCCCCAUACAAAUAAAAUGUUUCUUGGACGUCUGCUGGUCUCAGUGAAUCAUCCUUCUAUUGUUUUUCAUCUGUAAUGGAUGCAAUCUUUUCUGAUGCAGAGAAUAGGUUGAUGUAGAAGUGAUUUUUGGCUAAACUUUAAAGUUUGUAAAGAAGUGUCCUAAUAUAUUUACAAACUUUGAACAGGUUUUAACUGUUAAGAUUUGACCAGAAAUUCAGCCUGAAAAAAAAAA